AUGGAAGAACAGCUUAUAGUUGAAGUCGAGAAGAGGCCAGUACUCUAUGACAAAAGUUUGGGAACUUAUAAGAAUGCCACAUAUAGAGACGAAAUAUGGAAGGAAGUAGCCAAUGAGCUUAAAAAUGACGGCAUUCGUCAAGAUGAUGUUCUUUUAUUUGUCACUGAUGCCGCACCAUACAUGAUUAAAGCUGCGAAUUCGUUAAAAGCACUUUAUUCGAAAAAGGUGCAUGUCACCUGUCUUGCACAUGUGCAUCAUACAGUAGCAGAAACAAUUCAUGGAAAAUUCAAUAAUGUAGACGGACUUGUGACUAUUGGGAAUUAUUCAAGUUCUGAAAUCUGUAAUCAACAACGAAUUAACAGUCCGGAAAGAGAAACAGAUAUUAUUAAUGAAGUGUCAACAACUCCAGAACGUUGCAAUGAACAAAUUGAACAUAACAUUAAAUUACGUAUAAAUAAAUGUUCUUCAGCUACUAAAAAGCGUAAAAAUGAAGCACCAGAAGAUAAUAUUGAUGAACAAAUUUUGAAUAUUAUUUCCAAAGAACAUGAUGCAGAUGAACAAUUUCUAUUAGGUUAUCUUCCGACAUUAAAACGUAUGACACCAAAACAAAAUGCCAUUGCAAAAAUAAAAAUUCAACAAGUUUUGUUUGAUGUUGAGUUUGGAAUUAAUUAUUCAAAUUCGCCUUUUUCAAGCAACUCGGGGCAUUCCACCUACUCGUCUGCGUCUGUUUAUGCACCGAUUUUAACUCCUCUUAAGACUCAAACCAAGCCCAGAGGAACAAGUUGGGGCGGCGGUGGCACUGGUCAUGGGCGGCGGGGUGUUGGUCGUGGUAUCGGUGGUGGCGGCGGCAGCGGCGGUGGUAACGGUGAUGGCGCCGGUGGUCGUGGUCAUGAUGGUGGAAGGCGGCGGGGAGGUGGCAGAGAAGAAAAUGUUUCUAG